GGACAUUGCUGGCUCAGACCGUCUUGCUCGAACACAUCGGGCUUGUGUUCUGAGGACACUGCUGGUGUUCUCGUGAGAACAUCUUUUGGGGUAUCCUUUACUUCCGUACUGCGAUGCCCCGCUGCGCGGCCGCGCUCCUGCUCCUGGCGCUCCCCCGCGCCCUGGGGCUCCAGGUCCAGGAGGGCGCGGAACCGGAUCCGGAGCAGGCCCGGGAGGACGAGCUGAAGUACUCGACGGUCACCGGGCCGGCCUCGGGCGACCCGAAGAUUUUGGGACUGUACGGCAAGCGCUUCCAGAUCCACCGCCCGGGAGAUCACGCGCUGCUGGUUGUGCCCAACGCCAAGAAGCGCCACGGCAGCCUGCUGGAGGUGUCGGCGCUUGUGAAGGAGCUGGAGAUCGGGGACCCGUGCCUGCUGUUCAUCAAGAAGAUCACCCUGACCGGCAGCUGGCUCGGCGGCACGACCGUGCAGGUGCGCGCGCAGGGCACCAGCUCCGACUUCGCGCUGAAGGUGGACCCGAAGAAGCACGACAGCCCCUGGAAGCCCUUCAAGAACAUGACCGGGUGGGAGCAGUUCAUCCACAAGGACGAGGGCUCCGGCAUGGUCACCACGGUCAAGGGCGUGAUCGGCAGGCGCGAGGGCCACAGCGAGGACAUCAAGGGGCCCUUCGAGCACCGCUUCCUGUUCCGCGUGGGCACGGAGGACCAGAAGGCCAGGAAGCUCGAGAUCGACGUCGCGAUGCCGAAGCCCGGGCGCCAGUACCUGACCGUCAAGGUGGCACACGUGAAGGGUCUCGGCGAGGAGAGGAGCAAGAGCCUGCAGGGCCUCCUGGGGCUCGACAGCAAGGCAGUGACCAAGUCCUACGAGACCCACCAGAAGAGCCUGGAAGUCCGCGAUGAGUGCAAGGACUCGGCCACCGGGACCAAGGCGUCCGAGCUGCUGGCACUGUCUGGCGGCCUCUCCCGCGCCAUCGCCCACUGGGAGUGAGCGCGGCUGCUUCGGGCUGCACGACGCCAUUUUGCAAGCGCAUGG